CAUCUUAUCCGGGUGCAGCGCAUGGUGUGUGGGUACCAAGUAGUAGGAAAUUUGAAGAGAUAACAAACGCAGAAGCAAUGACAAUGGCAAUGGCAAUGGCGAGUUCUGCAAGCUGUACGGUGUCGUUUAGGAACAGCUUCGGUCUCAACAAACCCUCGGAUCUUGGCUUCGUCAGCUCGCAGUUGAGCGGCCUCAGAAUCUGCUGCCCCAAAUUCCCCACACCGCCCGUCACCGCUUCUCCCUCGUUCCCCGCACCUCUCCCCAUCGUAGCCAAGAGAGUUUGUCCCUUCACUGGAAAGAAAUCAAACAGGGCCAACAAAGUAUCAUUUUCAAACCAUAAGACAAAGAAACUGCAGUUUGUGAACCUUCAGUACAAAAGAAUUUGGUGGGAAGCGGGGAAGCGCUUUGUGAAGCUGCGUUUAUCAACUAAGGCAUUGAAAACCAUAGAGAAGAAUGGACUUGAUGCAGUUGCAAAGAAGGCUGGAAUUGAUCUCAGGAAGAAAUAAGAGUACCUUAUUAUGUUUUUGUAACAGAGUACCUAAUUAUUUCUUCUCCGUAUAUGACUUUUCAGAAGCAAGUUGUAUUGUUUGUAGAGAAAAACAAGAUAUGGAGAGCUUAUAGGCAAUGAAUUUCACUGAUGGAAAUCUCUUUGAUAAA